GCGGUUCGGGAGCUGCUGUCUCGGCUUCCCCCAUUCCGAGUGCACCGCCAGGAGAAAGUCUCUAUGCAACUCAGCCCCGGCACGCACUUGGCCAGGUAUGCACCGCGGGAGAGGCGCGUUCUGCGCGGUGGCAGAUGCUGCUGCUGCCCCGGCGGCGGCGGCUGCCAGCUCCUGGGCUCUCUAACUGUCACACUGCACCUCAGCUGAACUUGAAAAGAGAGUGAAGGGGCGAUUGGGCGAACGCUUUUGGCGGACACGGGGUGCUUGUAGACGUGGGGGAGGAGCAUCUGUAUUAACGUCCCCCGCCGUGCCCACCGCGCAUCACCUCCAUUUCUGCCAAUAUCGCCCGAGGAGUUGAGGCGGCAACCGGACUCCCAAAGACAGACGUGGGGCAGCGGCCGUGGCCGUGUCUCAGAAGCUACAACAGGUCGCAUUUUGAGACUCCUUUGGCGGGAAGGGGCACUUGGAAAGGGAAGGGUUGAAAGAGCGAAAAGAGAAGAGAGAAAGGUUCCCUAAUUCGUCAAAAGACUAUCACUGGGGGACUGUCCUUCCUCCUCUUCUCUAUCCUACACGACGCAUACUGACCCCUCAUUAUCCAGACUGUGUCCGGGGGGAGAAAUCACAAACACCUGCUUGAAGAAACUGCUGCACCUCAAGUCACCUGCGUGCCGAUUUGUGCCGGGGGUGGCCAGUUUCUGUUGCUGAAAGAGGUUUGGUAAGGUUCUGUUGGUGGUGAUUGUUAGGACAUUACAAUUGUUUUGUUAUUAUUCCUAAAUACUUGUCUUUCCUGGAUACUUGCUUUUCUGAGUACUGUAACUUCACCAGGAGACCUACCUUGAAAUCGGUGAUACCUCUGGACCACGUUUCUCAGCAGUAUUUUAUUUGCAGGGAGAAAGCGGGUGUUUGUAGCUAUUUCAACCCACUGCAGAGGCCUGGUUACCCCUCUCCUCGCCUUGACCCCAAGGAACCAUGGCAGCAGGGGUAGCAGCAUGGCUGCCCUUUGCCAGGGCAGCGGCCAUCGGGUGGAUGCCUGUGGCCUCGGGGCCCAUGCCAGCUCCUCCGAGACAGGAAAGAAAAAGGACUCAAGAUGCUCUAAUUGUGCUGAAUGUUAGUGGCACCCGUUUCCAGACAUGGCAGGACACCCUGGAACGCUACCCAGACACUCUGCUGGGAAGCUCUGAGAGGGACUUUUUCUACCAUCCGGAGACUCAGCAGUAUUUCUUUGACCGUGAUCCAGACAUCUUCCGCCACAUCCUGAAUUUCUACCGCACUGGGAAGCUCCACUAUCCUCGCCAUGAGUGCAUCUCUGCUUAUGAUGAAGAGUUGGCCUUCUUUGGCCUCAUCCCAGAAAUUAUUGGCGACUGUUGUUAUGAGGAGUACAAGGAUCGCAGGCGGGAGAACGCUGAGCGUCUACAGGACGACGCUGACACGGACAACACGGGCGAGAGUGCGCUGCCCACCAUGACUGCUCGGCAGAGGGUCUGGCGGGCCUUUGAGAACCCCCACACCAGCACAAUGGCCUUGGUGUUCUACUAUGUUACGGGGUUCUUCAUUGCCGUCUCAGUCAUCGCCAAUGUGGUGGAAACAGUGCCGUGUGGGUCUAGCCCAGGUCACAUUAAAGAACUGCCCUGUGGCGAGCGAUAUGCAGUGGCCUUCUUCUGCUUGGAUACAGCCUGCGUCAUGAUCUUCACAGUUGAGUACUUGCUUCGCCUGGCUGCAGCACCCAGUCGUUACCGUUUUGUGCGUAGUGUCAUGAGUAUCAUCGAUGUGGUGGCCAUCCUACCUUAUUACAUUGGGCUGGUAAUGACGGACAAUGAGGAUGUCAGCGGAGCCUUUGUCACACUCCGAGUCUUUCGGGUCUUCCGUAUCUUUAAGUUUUCCCGCCACUCUCAAGGCCUGCGCAUCCUGGGAUACACACUGAAGAGCUGUGCCUCAGAAUUGGGCUUUUUGCUCUUCUCACUCACCAUGGCUAUCAUCAUUUUUGCUACAGUUAUGUUCUAUGCAGAGAAAGGGUCUUCAGCUAGCAAGUUCACCAGCAUCCCUGCUGCCUUCUGGUAUACCAUUGUCACCAUGACAACUCUAGGGUAUGGUGACAUGGUACCCAAAACCAUAGCAGGAAAGAUUUUUGGUUCCAUCUGUUCGCUGAGUGGGGUCUUGGUCAUUGCACUACCUGUUCCAGUGAUUGUCUCCAACUUCAGUCGGAUCUACCACCAGAAUCAACGAGCAGACAAACGGAGGGCACAGAAGAAAGCCAGACUUGCUAGGAUCCGGGCAGCCAAAAGCGGAAGUGCAAACGCUUACAUGCAGAGCAAACGAAAUGGCUUACUCAGUAAUCAGCUACAGUCCUCAGAGGAUGAGCAGGCCUUUGUGAGCAAAUCUGGCUCCAGCUUUGAAACCCAGCACCACCACCUGCUUCACUGCCUGGAAAAAACCACGAAUCAUGAGUUUGUGGAUGAACAAGUCUUUGAAGAAAGCUGCAUGGAAGUUGCAACUGUCAAUCGCCCUUCCAGUCACAGUCCCUCGCUCUCGUCACAAGGAGUCACCAGCACUUGCUGUUCACGACGACACAAAAAAACUUUCCGCAUCCCGAAUGCCAACGUAUCAGGGAGCCACCGAGGCAGCGUGCAGGAACUCAGUACGAUUCAGAUCAGAUGUGUGGAGAGAACACCACUAUCGAACAGCCGGUCAAGUUUAAAUGCCAAAAUGGAAGAAUGUGUUAAACUAAACUGUGAACAACCUUAUGUGACUACAGCAAUAAUAAGCAUCCCAACACCUCCUGUAACCACACCAGAAGGAGAUGACAGGCCAGAAUCUCCUGAAUACUCAGGAGGGAAUAUUGUUCGAGUGUCUGCUUUGUAAGACAAUUGGAAUAAAGUCUAAGGGAAUUUGAGCCCUGGCUGUGAAAAGAAUCCUAACCCAGAAGAAAGAAGAAAUAAUAAACCUUUCUCAGAUUAAAACGGCAAAGCAAGAAGGUUGGUAGUGAAACCAAAACAUAACUCCCAAACUUGAGGAUCUGAAUAAGGCCACCAAAUGGCAUUUCCAGACAGAGUUUGACAAGUUAUACAGCAGAAUAUUCUGUGGCCCUUUGACUUCGUGAAUGAGCACAAUGAAAUGCCACCUAUCAAAGCUUCUUAUGACCAGAACUCUUUUUUAAUAAAAUAAAUCUUUGAACAUAAUGAUCCAGUUGAAUGCAAAACAAACAAACAAAAAUAUGGAAACAUUUUGAUAAUUUUUUUUCCUGUCAAAGCCAUGAACAUUGGCUAUGAUGAAGAUUAUUACAUAUAAAAAAACCUCAUGUAACACAUUUGUAUUGACUGAAGGAAAUACCAUCAUAAUGCAUGCUAGAAUUCUUUGGAGCAGUGAUCUCAGUUUCCUUAUGUUGUCUUCAGAAUAGGCAUGAUAAACUAUAAUUGUAGAAAGGGAGAAUUUCUGUGCACUUACAACAAGCUGAUUGUUCAUGUUCUAUGGUGGGCUGUACAAAUAAACUCCUUUUAGAGCUGCAGUAUUUCUCAUGGGGAUGCUCAUUAGUAAAGCUAAAGUGUUCAGAUAGAUAGCAUUAAUUAUCAUUUCACCUUGCACCUAGAUACUGUUACAACUGCAAUAAUUCAUUGUAUACCUGUUGUAUCAGGAAUCAGGAUUUUUUUGUUGUUCUACUUUCCAGAUCUUCAUAGAUACAAUAUGAGCUACAUUCAUAGAAAAAGUCCUGGUGUGGCCAGGUUUUAGGUAGCUUUUUAAAUCCAAAACUAUUAUACCAUAAAUGUUUUUCAGUAAUAUCCUUUGGUCCACUGUAUUCCUGUGACACAGUGCAUUAUCUGUUCCUGUAUUUCUGUAGCAUCUUUUUAUUGGGUUGAUCGCCAACAACUGGACUAACUUUUGUAGUUCAAAUGACUUUCAUACUUUUGUAUUUCCCAACAAGUUAUCUUGCAAGUAGAUUAUUAUCAUCAAUCCCCUUGUCGAAACUUAGAAAAAAAAGGAGUUGACAUCUAUGAAUUAUCUCUAACCUCUUUUUUGUUAUGGAAAAGCCCAGAUAUUGACUAUAUCAAUAGAUGUUUCAUGAAAAGAGUUGGCUGGGACUCAUGUAACAGGAUCAAUGAUCCCAGAAUCUUACUUGAUGUAUUAUUUAUUUUUCUUUGGAUCUCAAUACAUUUUGAGAAUAACUGAUGUAAAUUGAAAUGCAGAGAUAAACUGGAGUGCUUUAUGUAGCAAUAUUUGAUGAAAGCACCAUCUCCAUGCCAUUUAGGAGGGCAGCACAAAUUAAUCUCAGAAAGUUUCCUGCAUAUUCCAAGGAGCAAUUUUCUCCACUGCAUCUGAAGGGCAGGAGUUUGAUGAUGCAAAGUUAAUCUCUAUGUACAUUUAAGUGAAAAGUCUUUCCACUUUUCAUCUCUAAAAAUAUAUUACAUCUGCAGAUAUGUCUGCACGUGACAGUGUAAAAAAGUUUUAUGUCAAAUAAAAAGUUUUGUUCAUUCCAAACCACCACUGUAAGGAAUAAAGUUUAGCUUCCAUACAUGGAAAGAGUUAAUAAUUAUCCCUCUAUUACAGGGAUUUUUAAAUGCUUAUCAUAAUUUAUCAUUAAAAAAAAAUUAAUUGAGCCAUUUUAAAGUAAAGCCAGAUACUGACCUUGCUUCCCAUUUCUAGAAUAGCUUCUAGAACAGUGCUGUGCACACAGUAGAUGCUCAGUAAAGAUGUGCUGAAUGACAGUAAGAUAAACUCAACUAUCCCUUGGGAAGAACUGGCUUUAUUCCUAGUACGUCUUUUAAAAAGUUACUAAUCUUCCAGCAGCGUGAAUAUUAACAAUUAUUAACACUUGCCUCAUGUCACUGUACGCUUCUAGAGCAAAUGUAUAGUGAAACUUCUUUGAUGGCAUUCAUUGAAAAACUUUUUAAAGCUAGACUAAGAAAACCACAAUGCAAGAAUACCUAGGUGUUUUGAUUCCCAAUGAGAAGCUUUAUUUUAGUGGUCUUAAUAUUAAGAAUAAGAGAAAAGGCAGUUAGAUUAUUUCAAUUAACAGUUUUGCCUCCUCUUUCAACUUAUCAUUUAUCCAAAACUAUUACUUUCUUUAGAAUUUUGAAAAAGAAAAAAAAAACUUUUUGGUGUUUUAGGUGAUUUUAAAAUAUACUGUGUUGGUUGUGAAUGAUUAUUGAUGACUGUGUUAAGUGCAUCUGUAUUGUAAGUGAAAUGUAAUUAUUUCUGUGUACCAUAUGGAAUAACCAAGGUCAUUGUUUUUGACAAUUUCGUUCGAAAUUCAUAUAUCUUAUUUCAAAGGAUAGCAUAAUACCUGCAUUAUGCUAGAAAAAAUAGACUUUUUGAGAAUACUUAAAUAAAUCAUGUGCAUGCUCGAACAGGA